GGAAAUAGAUAAAAAAUUCGCAGCUCUUGCUGGCCUUGAAGCUGGUCCCUUUUUCCUUUCCGCAAGCUAUUUAUCCCACCCCAAGGUAUUUACAGUCGCUUGCAACCGUAUCGCCGGAAUCUACAGCAAUGCGACCUGAACCCAGAGGAUCCGUUACACAGACGGUCUCAGAAAAGCUUAACAUCCUUCUCACAACACCCCCCCCGCAUCCUUUGGACCAAUUGUCCGUCGAUGAGAUCAAUAGAACUCGCGAUGCUAUCCUGCGGGCCCACCCCUCAUCAUCCAUUGUCUUUAGGACGAUAACCUUGGAAGAACCGGCAAAAGUUUUACUACUGCCGUUCCUACAAGCUGAGCACAAAAGAGAGGUCACGGGUAGGCCUAGAAGGCCCCCGAGGCUUGCGAGGGUAUUGUUUGAUGCCAUUGGAGAGGAUCGCUCACUGGAGUUAUGUGAUUCGGUGGUGGAUGUGACAUUAGGGGAGGAAGUGAGCUUUGACCUUAUCGAAAAGAAGUAUCACUCGCCUCUCAAUGCGUAUGGCUUGCCCCUCUCCCUCAUGCCCUUUUCGUGUCUAAAAUAAAUACAGUGAUGAGAUUGCCAAUUUCCCUGAGGUGGCAAUGGCCUCUCCCCUCUUCAAGGAAGCUUUGGCUGAGCUGAACCUACCUGCGAACGUCUUUAUCGUUAUCGAUCCAUGGAUGUACGGCGGUUGGGAAAACCCAAAAGAAACAAGCCCUCGUUACAUGCAGGGACUGGUCUACGCCCGUGACCCCAAGACAAACAACCCGGAUUCAAAUCACUACGCAUUUCCAAUACCCUUAAUUCCGGUGAUGGACAUCUGCAAGAAGGAAAUUGUUCGAGUCGACAAACUAGCUACUGGUGGCAGGGACGAUGGGCUCAAAUAUGGCACGGGUCCUAAAAAUGCUUUGGAUCACUGCAGAGCCGUGGAGUACAUCCCGGAGUUAGUCGAAGGAGGGCUGAGGCAGGAUGUCAGACCCCUUAACGUUAUACAGCCCUAUGGGCCAUCAUUCACAGCCACCGGGUCUCUGGUCGAAUGGCAAAAGUGGAGGUUCAGGAUCGGAUUCAAUUCCCGCGAGGGCGCAACAAUACAUGAUGUUUGGUAUGACAAUAGGAGUGUUUUCUAUCGCAUGAGCUUCAGCGAGAUGUCCGUACCGUAUGGAGAUCCCAGAGCACCAUUCCACAGAAAACAGGCCUUUGAUUUUGGAGACGGCGGGGCUGGGCGAGCGGCAAAUAACCUCGAACUCGGCUGCGACUGCCUCGGCCUCAUCAAGGUCAGUGAUGUAACUCCAUUUUACUAUAUAUUGAGGGGUAGGUUUUUUAAUGCUUUUUGGCAACAGUACUUUGAUGGUUUCAUGAACGACACCUCCGGUAAGGGAAUCGUCUCGAAGAAUGUUGUCUGCAUGCACGAAGUAGACGACGGUAUCCUGUGGAAACAUACCAACUAUCGCACAAACCGUGCUGUUGUCACUCGCAACCGGAAACUAAUUGUGCAGUUCAUCAUCACUCUCGCCAACUACGAAUACAUCUUCGCCUAUCAUUUCGACCAAGCUGGCGGUAUUACUAUUGAGACAAGAGCUACCGGCGUUGUCAGCACUGUACCAAUCGACCCAGGUACUACCAGCCCAUGGGGUAAUGUUGUCAGCCCGGGCGCUCUCGCGCAGAACCACCAGCAUAUCUUCUGUGUGCGCAUCGACCCCGCUAUUGAGGGUCCAAAGAACACUAUAAUUCAGGAAGAGUCGCACCCGAUUCCUUUCACCCCGGAGCUUAAUCCUUGGGGGAAUGCGUAUGAAGUCAGACAAACAAUAUUUAAGAGGACGUGUUGGGCAGAUGCGGCGCCGCAUAACGCCAGGCUCUUCAAGAUUGUCAACCAGAAUGUCCGCAACCCAAUAAGCGGUAGACCCGUGGGAUAUAAGCUCGUUCCUUCGCCCUCUCAACUCACUCUAGCCCAUCCUGAUAGCAUCAUGGCUAAGCGCAUGGCGUAUGCAAGCCAUCAUUUAUGGGUCACUAGGCAUCGUGACGGGGAGUUCUGGGCAGCGGGAAGGUUCACCAAUCAAAGUUCGGUUGAGGUUUGUUUGUUAUCAAACCCUACCUCUAGAUAUAUUAUCUGACAAACAAUCAAUUCACAGUCUGGCGGCGUCAAGGAUAUGAUUGAGAGAAAUGAAAAUAUUGAAAAUGAGGACUUUGUUAUCUGGCACUCCUUUGGCUUAACCCAUAACCCUAGAGUGGAAGGUUUGUUCAAAAUUUAAUGACCUUCCUCAACAUAUUUGAUCACUCGGCUAACUUUGUGAAACAGAUUUCCCAGUCAUGUGAGCGGCUCUAAGACCCCCUGUUCUUCGCUUAACUUUUCGCUGACGUGUUUUAAUCUAACCGUUUUAGGCCAAUCGAGACACAUCAGAUUCACCUCAAGCCGGCAGAUUUCUUCACCAAAAACCCUGCCAUUGAUGUCCCGUCCACAAAAAACCAGUCAUCCAUCUUGUAUAAGGUUGGGGGUCUUGUUAGCGGAUUCGUAGCGGAGGUCCCCAAGAACAGCAAGGAGAACGAGCGCACCAGACCAGCCAAACUAGUUACCGUGGACGACAACAGCACAGAGCAGCUCGCGCAAGGGAUAAAGAGUUGUUGCAUAUAAGAAGGCGCUUUGGAGUUCUGCUUUUUCACCCCCCCUCCUCCCUCUGCCAUUACCGGUAUAAUACUUUUUCUACCACCCAUAUAUCCGAAUGGUAGCAGGAGGGUAGUUUCUUUUCGUCACAUUUUCAUUCCAGUGCAUUCAUAAGGGCGGGCGUUUGCUUCAAUUACUCCUUCAGUCCCAUUCCUUCAAGUCAGGUGCUUGUAUCCAUUUCAUUUUUUCCUUUCCUCUUCUUGCUUUGGGACCGGCUUUCUCUUGCUAAAUUUUUCACCCUGCCUUUCCCUAUUUUAUCUUCAAAGAUUGGGGUUUUUCUUAUUUCCCGUUACUUGUUUGUCACUACCACAACGAGAUCACGACUAUUCAGGUCACGAAGCAACGAAACGAUUGACGCUAUGUUGUCAUAGAUUUUUUUUGUUCUUUGCUUUGUUAUUAUUGGCGUUCCUCUUCACUAUCCCUUCACAUUCCCUACCCUCUUCGCUCACCCUCCACUCAAAAGCGCGGCGGCGAAAGCGCUACUGUACAGGCAGGUUAGAGUGGGGGGGGAGGUACCGGCAGGGUGUCGAAAGCCCCCAUUUUAACCAAUGGCCCCCAUACGCACGUUUCUCUCUUGAUUUCCUUCAUCUUUUCUUUUUUAUGAUAUUUCCUUACCCCUGUAGUCUUCACCACCGCCUUUGUAUAGCAACCACCUCCAUUCCGAAAAAGGGGGAAAGUCUAAAGGAAGAGGACGGAAGAAAAAAAUUGUACAUAACUCCCACUCCCCUUUCCCUUCCCUCUAGCAAGCAAGUUAAGCCUUACGUCUUAUACAAUGCCAUAUCGUAAGUCUAUUGUUUUUUUUGCCCUUAUCAUCCAACCGACCCAUCAGAAAUAUUUCGCCAAAAAUCACUAGAUCGAACCUUGCGGGGCACUAUACCGUAUGCCAAUCAAGGCGGCAGAAACCUGGGGAUCUGGGACCGGUAGAUAGAUAGGUGGAUAGAUAACAUACUUGUACG